AUGUCAGUUCCGCCCCAAACCCUCCAGAAGAAUUCUGGUCCUUUCUAUUCUCAUAUUUCCUUCCCUCGUACAAACAUUAUGCCACAAUAUUUACAUCAAGUACGUUCUGAGAAACAAAUUUUAUCACAUUUUUUAUUUACGAACAAAAUAGCAGAUUAUGCGACUUUAAAGGUAUUAUUAUUACAACCUUCUUCUCCAUUAGGAAAUACGUUGUUUUCAAGAAUUUAUUCUUUGUAUUUAACUCAAUAUUGUUCUUUUUUCCUUACGGAAACUUCUAAGGCACUGUUAAAUUUCCUCUCAGCAAUUCAUUAUGAUGAUAAAACGAACAAUCAAGAAGAUGUUUCAGUUAUUAUUACUACUUACUUCUCUCUAAUUUCAGAUUCUUUUAAGUAUAUUCCACAAGAACUUCUCUGGGUUCUUCAUUGUAUUUACCAGAAAGUACUUAUCUCUCGUAGUAAAACAGAUGCAAUGAUUAGUAUAAACACACUAUUCUUUUUGCGAUACUUGUUCAUUCCAUUUAAAGAAACACCGUCAUUGUUUAAAAUAAUUCAAUCACAAAUAUCAUCAAUUUUUCUUCACUUACAAACCGUUGAGCACAACGAACAAACAAAACCAAUUGUUGAUUUGAUUGACUGUAUUUUAAAUAAAAUUUAUUGUAUCACCUCACCUCAUUCCACUCAUCCUAAAAUGUUUGAUAGUUCAUCAGAUGAUGACUUAUUAUUUAUACUUCGUUCAAAUAAAGAUUUAAUUUUGAGUAAUUAUGAAGGUGAUCCUUGUGAUCUUUCUUCAUUAUUCUCACAAUAUGAGACACCUAUUGUACCAAUACAUUUUCAUUGGAACAAAUGA